AUGCAUCAGAUCGACCUUUUGACCAAGAGGAUCAUCGGGAAUGACUCCCUGUCCUUGACACGCAGGAUGAGCUGGUGGAAGCAAUCCACGUGCUCGAAGGUGGUCUUGUCGGUGACCGAGAAGACGAUGGGGAAGCCGCCGCCUGUGCGCAGGUACAGCUCCCGGAAGGCGCUGACCUUCACCUCCCGCCGGGCCGGGUCCAGAACGUCCAAGAUGGCCCAUUGA